AUGGCUCCGUGCGCGGCUACCCGGCCCCCCGCGCGUCGCGUACGUGCAAUGAAAGAUAGGCUAAAUCUCGAGAUUAAUCCCGAGAUAUCCACAUCGUGUGCACCCGGCGCUCCCUUCACACCGCUGCGAUCGCCCCCUCUGCCUACCGACCUCUUAUAUACUGCUCUCUUUACAACAAAAAAAACAGCAAUUUCCCAAAUUCCCGGCCGUGCGCUCUCUCGCUCGUGGCGAACCUAA